GACGCAUUUCGGCUUCUGUCAAAACAAACGAAGUUGUCGGCCUAAACAGCAACCUUCCUCGGAACGAAAAAGCAUAAACUCCUCCGUGCUUCGAUGAAAUGUGCGCAUAGGCAGAGGACAUUCACCAUCAAUCGCGCCCACUCUCUGCUUAUCUCAGUAUGAGUGAUUUGCUGGUGGGUUUCCGAUGCUGCCGAUGCUAAAGCUUCAUCAGAUCGUUCUGGAGUGUCCUUUCGUUCUACGUCGGCUUGGUGGACGGCAACGGAAAUAAUGUACGCACAAGGCGGCGUGGUGCAGGUGGAUUGGAACGAACGAUUCGGCAGUACCGUCGACAUCGGUACCGGCGCAGGCAAUGGCGACGUGUAUCGCCGGUUUCAAGACAUCGACGGUGGCAGUAACAGUUCGGCGAGCUACGACACCGAAAGUACCACCCUGCUGGAUGAGACGGUCCGGAAGCACGAGCGAUUGUACGACAUUACGCCACCGGCGCCCCACAUUGGCGGUGGUUUCUGCAUGAAAAUAUUCCUUGGCCUGUGCUUUUCGGCGCUCAUCAUGUGCACCGUCUUCAUGAACAUCAUCUCCACCGGCAACGACCGGGGUCGUGUAGGUACGAUCGCCGGCUGGGGAUUGAACACGUCCCGGGCAACGGUCGACUACGUGCUGCCGGAGGAAAACACGACGCUGAUCGACCCGCUGAACGUGUGCACCACCGAGGAGCGGUCCGGGCUGGUGGAGGAAAGCGGGAAAGUGUUUCUGCUGAUCGUGGUCUGCUCGUCCGCCCGCAACUUCGAAGCCCGCCAGGCGAUCCGCGAAACGUGGGGCAGAGUGCGGGAGUUUAAUUACGACCAGUUCGCCCGGCUGCACGAGCGCAUGCGCGGUGAAUAUCUCGACCCGAAGGAAAAGCUGGUGGCGCAGGAGCUGCAGGAGUACAUGUGGCGCGUGUCGGACGGUGAUGACAGUGCGCCCGCCACAACCACCAUCGCAGGGAAUCAGGACGGUCACGCGAAACCGAACUCUUCUAGUCACAGUGACGGGAAUGGCGGAAGCAGUAACAGCAGCAGCACCAGCAGUCUCGCGGGAAAGGCAUUUAACGUUAAGCUCGUGUUUCUCGUCGGUCAAUCCGAAGCGGACUACGUUCAGCAACGGCAGCGAUCAGCGGCCUAUUCGCCGGCAGACAGCGAAAGCGACACGAGGCGGCCCGUGUCGCAGGCCACGGCCGUGCCAGUGGUCGACGGGGAGCCGUCAGCCGAUGCGACAGGCCCAUCGCAUUCCUCACUGUUUCCCAGCGGGGCGGACGUUGAUCCCGCGUUCAACCCGCCCGGCAACGAGCAGGUGGACGAGCUGCAGCUGCGCCUCGUGAACGAAAGCGAAGUGUACGGUGAUAUUAUACAGGAGAGCUUUAUAGAUAGUUACAACAACCUGACGCUGAAGACGAUCAUGAUGCUGAAGUGGGUUACCAACAACUGUGAUGGCAAAGUAAAAUUUAUCAUGAAGUGUGAUGAUGACACGUUUGUCAACGUGCCGAACCUGCUGCACGUUCUGCUGGGCGGUACGGUCCCCCUAUACAAAGCGGCCAUAUCUUUCUACGACACCAACACGGUGGCGGUGAAGUCACCCAAAAACCGUCUCACCGUGGGCAGGCACCUGCUGACCGGGUUCCUCUUCUGCGAGGCGAAACCGAUCGGCGAUACCAGCAGCAAGUGGUACUCACCGACGUACAUGUACGACAAGGAUGUGUACCCAAACUAUCUGUCCGGCACGGCGUAUCUGAUGAACCUCGAGACGGCCAGGCUGCUGUACCGGGCGAGCCUGUCGACGCCGAUCUUCCACCUGGAGGACGUCUACCUGACUGGCAUCGUGGCGGAUCGGGUGAAGGUACGGCGCCGGCACCAUCCACUGUUCUUCUACUCCUACACCAAAGACCUGUGCGCCCUGCGGGGCAUGAUCUCCCAGCAUCAGCUGCAGGCGAGCGAACUGCGCACCGCGUACGACUACAUCACCAAUGGCUCGAUCGUGUGCAGCGGGCCGGAGAAACGGUUCACCGUUGGCCAGCUGAAGCUGCAGCAGCGCAAAAAGUGUCAAUGAUGCCGUAAACGGGCGGCCAUACCGCCAUCGGGCCGGUCGCGGCGACGCUAUCGCCAGUUCCUGUCGAUCUGGUGAUCUGUCUGUCUGUGUGUAUGUGCAUGUGUGUGGGUGACAAAGAGCGGACAUUACUACCACUACUACUACUAUCCACCGAACGAUGAGCAAUCUCUACAAGCGGACAUGACAGGAAGGAACGCCGUACUGGAAGAAGGAUCGCGGGCACGGUCUUAUACUCUCUUUAAUAUGCACAGUUACAAGCUCGAAACGCACAGCCAUUUCAACGACACACCCAGAAUCUCAUUUAGACUGUAAAACAAUGGCACACACACAACACACACAAACGCACCAAAUCGCCCACUGACUAACUUCGGCACCGUAUUUGCGUUCUCAUCCCGCGUUGGUACUGGAACACGUGAACGCAGCAGUAGAGCUGCUUAGUUAAUAAGUAGAAAAAGGCAGAAGGAGAAGGGGUGACACACUUGCAAAAAGGGCCAGUUUAUGGAGCAUUAUUUACAUACAUAGACAAAAAAAAAACGUUAAGUCUGCUGACGCGCUUCCUCUCAUCAAGUCAAGUAUAAUGCGAAUUGAAAAGACGAUUUGAAAUUAGCUAAGCUUCGCCUUCCAAUAAUGAACAAAGAAAACGUCCUUACAGAAAUUUUAAAUAACCGUAAUUGUACUUGGUAGGAUGAUCCUGGUAUGGAACCGGCUCGGACGAUCGCCGUUACAAAUUGCGUAAGCGCGGUUUGCUCAGGCGGUGGGGCCUUUUUCUGCUAGUAUCAACUCAAAAUAGGAUAAUUUAAUUACUGGCGGCGCUUCUAUUGUCACAGUCACGUUAAUGGGAAUGUGUUAAAUUUAAAACUAGGAAAACACAAACUAAGCUGCCGUAGCUUCUCUACUCCUUAGACUGGCACGCGAUCGGCACACAACCGGUCUCUGUUUACACGAUAGUUUUAGUUUUAGCAUUUUUUCUUUCUUUCUUUCUUCAAUUAAGUGUGUGCAUAGCUCCUUAUUUGCUAUAGUAGUAGUAGUUGCGUUACCACAGUGAGUCACAUUUUAUCGUAUAGUGCAUUUUUCGUAUUUAUAACAGCUUUUUACAUCACAAUUAUCGUUUUGUUAGUGAGCCAGUUUGUUUGUGUCUCUUUCUCUACAAAUUUGCCUUAAUGCUCGAAAGGAAUGGCACACACACACAUACAAACACUAUUUAGGGUAGUAGUAGUAAAUAGGCGCAAGGGUACGCGAUAAACUAUUAUAUCGGGCAACGAAGACAACGAUCCGGACGAGCAAACGGUUAGAAACAAAAAAAAAACUAAAAAGUGAAGAAGGUAAAUGAACAAAUCAUUUGAUUCAGCUGUGAUUCCUUAAAAGACAAACAAAAAGGGAAAGGAGUAAAAGAAAUCUCAUUCAAACAAUUAGAUAGGGGCUAUACAAAGGGGGGCGGGGGUCGUGUGCAGUGUGCAAAGGAACAGAUGGCAGAUAUAUCAGUACAGUGGAGCACAAAUUUACAGACGCGAACAGGGCAUGACAAUACCGCCCUUCCAAUACCGUGCACACUCACAAGCAAAAAAGGUGAGUUGCUACUACAUGUAGCAGUCCGGUUCAUUCGAUUGUAGAGUGAGGCAGUAAUUGAAAAGGGGCGAAUAGAUUUGUGAUUCUAAAAGAAGACAAAGCCGAACGACUGUGAGACGAGAGAAAAGGGCGAACAAAAGGGGAAGAGUUGGAAACAAACGAGACGGCUUGAGCACUAACAGUCGAGUUUCCAAUGUUGUGAAACAGAGUUAAAGAUACAGAGCUCUCGUAGUAGUGCUAGUGAUAUUGUAGUAUAAAGUAAAGUAUUAGAUUUUUCAGAUCUUCUAACGCACUAGGUGAGACACAAAACUUUCAUGUUAAUGACGAGCAGAAAACGGAGAAAACAGUUUUUGAUUGGAUUGUAGUAUAAAGAAGAAAAACAAAAACAGUGCUUGAAGAAUAAUCUAGCGCCGUAGACUCGAGCAUGUAAACGCAAUGAUGGUUGGUUGAAUUAGUAACAAAAAGCAGAAGAAAACGAAGAAGUAGAAGAAGAAAAACAACUAGAAAAAGAAUCCAGUACCAUAAACUUCCAAGUAAGUAGGACGCGCAUUGAAGCGAAUAUUAAAAUAAAAUUUAUUAAAUUGCGAUCACAAACUCUAUAGGGGGGGAGGCGGAAGUUAUUAGUGUACCGGGGCAAACAAAAACAAAAACAAAAAACGAACGAAGACACACGUAAAAGACACAAGCAAAGAAAC